CCAUUGACUGUGUUCCAUCUCCCUGACAGCAGCAGCAAAGAACAGAGCGCUGCACAGACUCCGCCUAGCCAAUAUCAAGCAUCAAACCUCACAGCAGCCAAACACAGACGUCGCUGAUUUACUGUAUAUUAUCUCCCCAGUUAAGAUGGGCUACCAGUAACUGAAAGGGGUGGGAAGGAAACAAGAAUUGAAACAAAGCACAACGGUUGGUGCACGGAAUCAUGAAAGGCUUGCAAGAUUUACAAGAGCUGCUGCUCAGUCCGUGGACUACACUGUGAAAAGUGUUUUGGGUUUUUUUUUUUACCAAUAAAAAGGCACGAUAAGGAGGGGUAAAACAUGUCUGCUUCACUGGGGCCCCGCGGCCCUCGCCCACCCACCGCGCCUCUGAUGGAAGAUCUUCCAGACCUUAGCCAUCUGACGGAGGAAGAAAGAUCAAUUAUAAUGGCUGUUAUGGUUAGACAGAAGGAAGAAGAGGACAAAGAAGAAGCCAUGUUAAAAAGAUUGCACCAACAAUUUGAAAGCUACAAGGAGCAAGUUCGGAAGAUCGGGGAAGAUGCUCGCCGGUGCCAAGGAGAGCACAAGGACGACGCCCCUACCUGCGGGAUCUGUCGCAAAACAAAGUUUGCAGACGGAUGCGGCCAUAUAUGUUCCUACUGCCAGACGAAAUUCUGUGCCCGGUGCGGCGGCCGAGUCUCUCUUCGUUCCAACAACGAGGACAAAGUGGUAAUGUGGGUAUGCAAUUUAUGUCGUAAGCAACAAGAAAUUCUAACAAAAUCAGGAGAAUGGUUUUUUGGAAGAGGUCCGCAGCCAUCCAGUCAGGAUGGGGCUUUAAGCGAUACAGCGACUUGUGGUGAUGCGCCUAGAGAAAAGAAGGUCCGGCUUCAGGAACGAUCAAGGUCCCAAACCCCCCUAAGCACAGCGGCAGGGUCCCAGGAGGCUCAACCACCCAUUGCACUCACCAACAGGGACCAGGGGGCAGACAUGCCAUCGUCCAGGUCAAGAAGUGAACCCCCAAGGGACAGGAAAAAGCCCACACCAGUUCAAGAGCAAAAUGGGAAAGGAGGUCAGAAAACCGAAAGAAAGCGGGUUCCAAAAACUCAACAGGGCGAGAGGCAGGCCGUGGAGCGCCGUGAAAGCAGACGCUUGGAGAAGGGCAGGUCGCAGGAUUACCAGGACAUGGACGAGGAGAGUAGAAAAGCUGAGGAGGAAAAACAAAGAAAAGAGGAAGAGUUUCAGACGCAGUACCAGAGUGAGCCGAACUUAGCAAGGUAUCCUGUGAAACCCCAGUCGGAAGAGCAGCAGAUGCGGAUUCACGCAAAGGUUUCUAAAGCACGGCACGAAAGGAGGCACAGUGACAUAGCUUCAGCCAACACAAAGAUGGAGGUGUCAGAGGUGCCUGAAAACAGACUGGGAAGGCGGUCUCAACCAGGAACAGCAGAAAGAACUGGGGAUGUACUCAUUUCGGUUUCUAAGCAAAUAGCCAAUCACAGCCCACUUACGCAAAGGCGUAGCCUGGUUCCCGCACAUGAGUUGAAGGACCAGGACUGGUGCAAAAAACAGUGCCAUCUAGAUCCCAGUUCUGCUGUAAUUAUCCACAAAACUAAGAAGGUAAAAAUGGAAACCAUGCUGAGGAAUGACUCCCUAAGUUCUGAUCAGUCAGAAUCCCUAAGGCCUCCCCCACCCAAACCACACAAAACUAAAAUCAAGAAAAGGCAGAUUUCUGUCAGUAGCUCAGAGGAGGAAGGAGGGUCAACACCAGAGUACACAAGCUGUGAAGACGCUGAGCUUGAAAGCGAAAGUAUCAGUGAAAAAGCUGCUGUCUUUGGCAGAAGACAGUUGGGUUGCCCAUCUUCCGAACAAUGCUGUGGUGACUGGGACUGUUUCCCAUUGGACACUGCCAUCUGGCACGUUAGUGAUACUUCACCAAUAAAUACGCAUCCUGUUACAUGGCAGCCAUCCAAAGAAGGUGAUCAUUUAAUUGGACGCAUUAUUCUAAGCAAGAGAACAACUAUGACAAAAGAGUCAGGUGCAUUACUAGGUUUAAAAGUUGUUGGGGGGAAGAUUACGGAAACAGGAAGAUUUGGUGCCUUCAUCACCAAAGUAAAGAGAGGAAGCUUAGCAGACGUUGUUGGCCACUUAAGAGCAGGUGACGAGGUGCUGCAAUGGAACGGCAAGCCAUUACCUGGAGCGACAGAAAAAGAAGUUUACAAUAUCAUUCUGGAGUCCAAAUCAGAACCUCAAGUUGAAAUAGUAGUUUCAAGGCCAAUUGGAGAUAUUCCAAGAAUCCCAGAAACGUCUCACCCUCCACUAGAAUCUAGUUCAAGUUCUUUUGAGUCUCAGAAAAUGGAGAGACCAUCUAUUUCUGUUAUAUCCCCAACUAGUCCCGGAACCCUAAAAGAUGCACCCCAGGUCCUACCAGGACAGCUUUCUGUAAAGCUGUGGUACGACAAAGUAGGACAUCAGCUAAUAGUAAACGUGCUUCAGGCAACGGACCUCCCGUCGAGAAUGGAUGGCCGGCCAAGAAACCCAUAUGUUAAAAUGUAUUUCCUUCCAGAUCUUAGUGACAAAAGUAAAAGGAGGACCAAAACAGUUAAGAAAAGCUUAGAGCCCAAGUGGAACCAAACCUUUAUCUAUUCCCAUGUGCAUCGGAGGGACUUCCGAGAACGGAUGUUGGAAAUCACUGUCUGGGACCAACCUAGAGUACAAGAGGAACACAGUGAAUUUCUUGGCGAGAUCCUAAUAGAGCUGGAGACAGCCCUGUUGGACGAUGAACCACAUUGGUAUAAACUCCAGACACAUGACGUAUCUUCACUACCUCUGCCUCAGCCAUCACCUUAUAUGCCACGGAGACAUGUGCACGGGGAAAGCCCUUGUAAAAAGUUGCAAAGAUCUCAGCGAAUCAGUGAUAGUGACAUCUCAGAUUAUGAUGUUGCUGAUGGUAUUGGAGUAGUUUCAAAAGCUACAGAAUGUAGAUCAAACAAUAGAGAAAGUACAUCCACUACACUUACUGUGCCAGAACAACAGAGAACAACACAUCAUCGCUCACGAUCCGUUUCUCCUCACCGCGGUGACGACCAGGGCAGGACCCGGUCCCGAUUACCAAAUGUGCCACUACAGAGGAGUUUAGAUGAAAUUCAUCAAUCGCGAAGGUCACGUUCUCCCUCUAGAUACCAUGAUGCCUCGAGAAGUCCAGUAGAACACAGGUCUAGGGAUAUGGACAGUCAGUAUUUUUCAGAGGAAAGUGAGUUCCUCAUGCUGCCCAGAGCAAAACGGGGAAGAAGUGCAGAGUGCCUGAAUACUAACAGUGAUCUACAGCCCUCUCUUGACAGAGUUAGGAGUGCUAGUACCAACUGUUUGAGACCAGAUACUAGUUUCCAUUCACCAGAACGAGAAAGAUGUUCCCACUCACUGGAUAGGAGACGGCCUACUAGCCCCAGGAUUUAUAUCCAGCAUGCCUCCCCGGAGGAUGACAGCUGGACAACGGACCCUGUUGUUCCAAAACAGGAGACUCUUAAUCACCUCAGUGCUAGACCAAAAGCAGUCCAGAGGCAGUCAAGAACGCUGGAAAGAUCUAGUAGCAACAAACAUGGUAGAAAAGACACUGCCUCUGAAAAUGAAAGCCUACCAAAGCAAAAUCGCCCCGGAGGGCGAGGUAGAAAAUCUGGGCAUCAGACAUGCAGAACACAUCAACAAGGCAGCUCGUCUCAGUCACCCCCUACGGGAACUCCCUCGUCAGGACGCAGAGGAAGGCAGCUCCCACAGGUCCCUGCGAAGAGCAGCAGUGUAGAGCAAGCCCUAGCGGUAGAAGAGCGAGCACGACAGAUGAAAAUUAAAGUACAUUCCUACGCAUUAGCCACGAUGUCCAGCUCGAGUCAAGAACUAGAGCGAGAGGUGAAGACAAAGCGAGAGUUAUAUAAAGAACAGCGCAGAAGUUGUGAUAAUAUGUCCACUAAAUCCACGGACAGUGAUAUCAGCGAUGUGUCAGCCAUUUCUCGUACCAGCAGUGUCUCUCGCCUCAGUAGCACAAGCUACAUGUCAGUGCAAUCCGAGCGUCCUCGAGGCAGAGUCAGGUCAAAGUCCUUAGAAAGCUACAAAGGUGAGGAGAAAAAAGAGAGGCGGAUAUCAUGGGAGUUAAAUGAGAAGGUAGAAGAAAAGCAUGAACACUCGGUAAAGAAGCGCUGUACAGAAGACCUGAGGAAGAGGCGGCAUUCAGUCGCUGGUGACUUGAGCAGACAAAUGCGGACUUCGGGGAGGAACAUGACGAAGAGCACAAGCGUGAGCGAGGAGAUGUACAACCUGGAGAGGAACGACGGCAGCCAGUCGGACACAGCCAUCGGAUCAGUGGGGACAGGAGGGAAGAAGCGGCGCUCCAGCCUGAGUGCCAGAGUGGUGGCGAUCGUCGGCCUGCCAUCGCGGAGGAGUCGAAGCACAUCCCAGCUCAUCCAAAAAGAAGCUGGCCACAAGAAGUUGAAAAGUACCAUACAAAGAAGCACAGAGACAGGAAUGGCCGUGGAAAUGAGAAAGCGCAUGGCCCGGCAGCCGAGCCGUGAGUCCACCGACGGGAGCCUGAACAGCUACAGUUCAGAGGGGAAUUUGAUAUUCUCUGGGGUGAGGUUAGGAGCUGAUAGCCAGUUCAGUGACUUCCUUGAUGGGCUGGGACCUGCACAGCUGGUUGGUCGACAGACACUCGCCACUCCUGCCAUGGGUGAUAUUCAGAUUGGGAUGAUGGACAAGAAAGGGCAGUUAGAAGUUGAAGUUAUCAGAGCACGUGGCCUCACAGCUAAACCAGGUUCUAAAAAUCUUCCCGCUCCGUAUGUUAAGGUCUACCUGCUGGAUAAUGGAGCAUGCAUAGCCAAAAAGAAAACAAAGAUUGCACGAAAAACGCUUGACCCCUUGUAUCAACAAUCACUGCUUUUUGAGGAGAGUCCACAGGGUAAAGUUUUACAGGUGAUAGUCUGGGGAGACUAUGGACGUAUGGACCACAAAUGUUUCAUGGGAGUUGCACAGAUCCUAUUGGAAGAGUUGGACUUGACAAGUAUGGUGAUUGGCUGGUACAAACUGUUCCCACCCUCUUCCCUGGUGGAUCCCACAUUAACACCCCUCACCCGCCGGGCUUCCCAGUCAUCUCUUGAAAGUUCAAGUGGACCUCCUUGCAUAAGAUCAUAGGGCCCUGGCUGGAGGUCUGUACUAACGCAGAACAUAGCAACGGGGACAACAAUCAGAACCAGGCGUAAGCAUGAUCAAAGCUUUGUUGGAGCCAGACAAUCACUCCUGUUGUUUUUUUCCGGUAGUACUUUUUUUUUUUUUUUUUUUAAGAAAUAGGGCUGUUAAAAAAAAGAAUAAUUAAAAAAAAAAGAAUAAUAUCACAAAGCUGCUUUCAGCUGGCAGAACAAAGCACUACGCAGAAUCUAGUAAGCCAGUGACAGUCCCUGUUAUUUGUGAUCUUGUACAAUCAAGAUAAUGAGUAAUAUACUGUAGCUUAAAAGAAAAUCAAAGUAAACUGGAAAGUCCCCAACUCAGUUUAAUGAAAAAAUGUUUGUCCACACUGAAUGAAACCAUAAGCAGUGUUAACAUGAUUUUUCUGCACUUCUUCCACGAUGCUAGCAGAGUCCCUUUCAAAGGGCUGAAGUCUGUCCUCUAAGCAUUGCAAAGCAUUCAACAAUUAAGAGCAAACACCCCCCCCCCCCCCCCACCCACCCAC